AUGCCAGUCAAGAUCCGUACUGCCCAGUCCGUCUCCCUUGACGUGCCCGCGGAACAGCAGCCCUAUCUGCACAAUCGCUGGCAUCCAGAUGUCCCCAGCAUUGGCACGAUUGAGCCAGGUGAGACGGUCAAGAUUGAAUGUCUCGACUGGACCGGCGGCCAAAUCGGCAACAACGACAGCGCCAACGACGUGCGCGACGUCGAGCUCAACAAGUGCCACUAUCUGACCGGGCCCUUUGACAUUAACGGCGCCGAGCCGGGCGACCUGCUCGUCGUCAACAUCACCGACAUUCAGCCCUUUGACGAUGCCCCCUGGGGCUUCACCGGCAUCUUUGACCGCGACAACGGCGGCGGCUUCCUCGACGAGCACUACCCGCGCGCCGCCAAGGCCAUCUGGGACUUUGACGGCAUCUACUGCUCCAGCCGCCACAUUCCCGGCGUGCGAUUUCCGGGCCUGAUCCACCCGGGCAUCCUCGGCUGCGCGCCCUCCCCCGAGCUCCUCGCCGAGUGGAACCGCCGCGAGGCCGGCCUCGUCCAAGCCGGCGCCACCACCCACCCGGGCAAGACGCUCGCGCACCUGCCCGACGAAAAGUACGCGCAUGCGGGGCAAGCCGAGGGGGGUCUCCGGGAGCGCAUCAGAAAGGAGGGCGCGCGCACGGUGCCGGGACGCCCCGAGCACGGCGGCAACGUCGACAUUUGCAACAUUUCGCGCGGCUCCAAGACGUACCUGCCCGUGCACGUGGCCGGCGCCAAGUUUUCCGUCGGCGACUUGCACUUUAGCCAGGGCGACGGCGAGAUUAGCUUUUGCGGCGCCAUUGAAAUGGCCGGCGUCAUCAGCGUCAAGUUUGGCCUCAUCAAGAACGGCGUCCGGUCGCGGAGCGUCCCGCACCCGGUCUUCCUCCCCGGCGAGGUGCAGCCUCACUACGGGCCCUCGCGCUACCUCACCUUUGAGGGCUUCUCCGUCGACGAGCACGGCAAGCAGCACUACAUGGACGCCACGGUUGCGUAUCGGCAGGCCUGUCUUCGGUCCAUUGAAUAUCUGAAGCAGUUUGGAUACUCGGGCGAGCAGAUCUAUCUCCUUCUGUCGUGCGCCCCAGUGCGAGGCUCGAUUGCUGGAAUCGUGGAUAAACCCAACGCUUGCACGACUCUGGGUGUUCCCAUGGAUAUUUUCGACUUUGAUAUUUCCAUCGAGGCUGAGCCUGUCAAGCGGGAAUUGGGAUCUUGUGCGUACACUAGCUAG